UUAUAAAGGCGAGGUCUGGACCCAGGCGCGCUCUCGUCGCCUCGGCUGUCCCGGCGGCGCCAACCUAACCGCCCCGCCCGCCCCCGACGUCCGACAUGCUGAGCCGUUCUCUGCUGUGCCUGGCCCUGGCCUGGGUGGCCACGGUGGGCGCCGACGCCCCGGAGGAGGAGGACAACGUCCUGGUGCUCAAGAAGAGCAACUUCGCAGAGGCGCUGGCGGCACACAACUACCUGCUGGUGGAGUUCUAUGCCCCAUGGUGCGGCCACUGCAAAGCUCUGGCCCCCGAGUAUGCCAAAGCUGCUACAAAACUGAAGGCGGAAGGCUCUGAGAUUCGACUAGCCAAGGUGGACGCCACCGAAGAGUCUGACCUGGCUCAGCAAUAUGGUGUCCGAGGCUACCCUACAAUCAAGUUCUUCAAGAAUGGAGACACAGCGUCCCCUAAGGAGUACACAGCCGGCAGGGAGGCUGACGACAUUGUGAACUGGCUGAAGAAGCGAACGGGCCCUGCUGCCACAACCCUGUCUGACACUGCAGCAGCCGAGGCCUUGGUCGACUCCAGUGAGGUGGCUGUCAUCGGUUUCUUCAAGGAUAUAGAGUCAGACCCUGCCAAGCAGUUCUUGCUGGCAGCAGAGGCUAUUGAUGACAUACCUUUUGGAAUCACGUCCAACAGUGGUGUGUUCUCCAAGUACCAGCUGGACAAGGAUGGGGUAGUCCUCUUUAAGAAGUUUGAUGAGGGCCGCAACAACUUUGAAGGUGAGGUCACCAAGGAGAAACUGCUAGACUUCAUUAAGCACAACCAGCUGCCUUUGGUCAUCGAGUUCACUGAGCAGACAGCCCCAAAGAUUUUUGGAGGUGAAAUCAAGACACACAUUCUGCUAUUCCUGCCCAAGAGUGUGUCCGACUACGAUGGCAAGUUGGGCAACUUCAAGAAAGCAGCUGAAGGGUUCAAGGGCAAGAUCCUGUUUAUCUUCAUCGACAGUGACCACACCGACAACCAGCGCAUCCUUGAGUUCUUUGGCCUGAAGAAGGAGGAGUGUCCAGCCGUGCGUCUCAUUACCCUAGAGGAAGAGAUGACCAAGUACAAACCAGAAUCAGACGAACUGACGGCUGAGAAGAUCACAGAGUUUUGCCACCGCUUCCUGGAGGGCAAGAUCAAGCCCCACCUGAUGAGCCAGGAACUGCCUGAAGACUGGGACAAACAGCCAGUAAAAGUACUAGUUGGGAAAAACUUUGAAGAGGUUGCUUUUGAUGAGAAAAAGAACGUCUUUGUGGAAUUCUACGCCCCCUGGUGUGGCCACUGCAAGCAGCUAGCCCCGAUUUGGGAUAAACUGGGAGAGGCAUACAAGGAUCAUGAGAAUAUCGUCAUUGCUAAGAUGGACUCAACAGCUAAUGAGGUGGAGGCUGUCAAAGUGCACAGCUUCCCCACACUGAAAUUCUUCCCAGCAAAUGCAGACAGAACGGUCAUUGAUUAUAAUGGUGAGCGGACGCUAGACGGUUUCAAGAAAUUCCUGGAGAGUGGUGGCCAGGAUGGUGCAGGAGACGAUGAUGAUGUGGACCUAGAAGAAGCUUUAGAGCCUGACAUGGAGGAGGAUGAUGACCAGAAAGCGGUAAAGGACGAACUGUAGUGGAGAAGCCAGAUCUGGGCACCCGAACCCAAGACCUCAGUGGGCCAUGCUCCCAGCAGCCCACAUCUCCGGAGCCUGAGCCUCACCUAAGGAGGGAGCGUCAUCAGAACCCAGGGAAUCUUUCUGAAGCCACACUCAUCUAACACACGUACACCCAAACCUGUCUCUUUUGCUUUUCAGUUUUGGAAAGGGAUCUCUCUCCAGGCCAGCUCAUCUUAAAGAGCUUUUGGUGUGUUUCUUUCU